GUCUUCACCACCAACGACUUUUCUUCCUCGUCCCGCCGCGACAACACGGGACAACGCCCUUCACGUUAAGCUCACACACACUCCUCGGAAUCCAAACACUAUGUCCUAAUUCGCGCUUUUUUUUUUCUUCUUUUCCGUCUCUAAUCAAAUGAUUCCGCGAUCUAUAUUUUCCCCCAGAUUCCGUCCUGCUUUUUAUAAUUACGAUCGCGCCUUCGGACGAGUUGAAUUAUUGAAUCUAAUUCAAUCCAUGUGUUGUUUUUAAUUUUUAAUUAUUUAUUUUAUAUUGUGGAUCAGUUUGGGCGUUACGAAAGCAAGAUUGAAUUUAUGAUAAGGGGUAGAAUAAUUGGGGAGGAUGCAAGCGGUGGGUAGAAUAAUUAGUCAGGGCGUAUACACGGUUUCAGGUCCCUUUCAUCCCUUCGGUGGCGCCGUCGAUAUUGUGGUGGUGGAACAGCAAGAUGGGAGUUUCAAGUCUUCUCCUUGGUAUGUCCGAUUUGGUAAAUUCCAGGGGGUUUUGAAGGCAAGGGAAAAGGUGGUUGAUAUAUGUGUCAAUGGGGUGAACGCUGGUUUCCAAAUGCACCUGGAUCAUAAGGGGGAAGCUUACUUUCUCAGGGAAAUCGAUUCACAAGAAGAAGCUAAUUUAUUGUUUCCAUCUUCUUCUGGCGAUGACGCAGAUGAUCUCUCUCACCCUCGCAAUCUCAGGUCCAAAAGUUGCAACUAUGAUGGUGAUGAGGUUGUGGGCCGGGCUGGUUCUCGUCGCUCUCGGAUACUUGGCCUUGUGUUUGGGCGAAGGUCUUUGAAGAGGGAUGAUGGAGACGGUGAUGGAAUUGGGAACAGGGUUGGUUCUUUGGAGCGUGCUGAGAUUGCAGCUAACUUGUUAGACAUCAAGUGGUCCACCAAUCUCUCCGCGGAAGACGGUCAAAACGUUCUUGCUAACUCGCCUGGGGAUGCUAAUGCAGUCAUGGACAAUGGUGGGUUGAAGGAGGAAUCUUGUACUGAUGGCGCGUGUAGCUUGAAUGGGAAGGAAGUUGUGUAUGAUAUUGCAGGGUCUGACGUGCAAGUUGCAUGUGUGGAGGUGAAGCUUGUAGAGAAGGAAUUGAAUGGAGAAGAGGUUUCCGGUGAUAAUGGUAAUGAUGUUUCUACAGAGGACGUUUCAGCUGAUGGGGUUUGCCGUGAAACAUCAGAGACUAACUUGGACGUGGAUUGUUCUAGUGAACAAGCUCCUGAGGUGAUGUACCUUGCUGGCGCAGGAUGUGAAGAAGUCCAUGUCCGUGUCCAAGAUGAAGUUUUGCAUGGUGCAACUAUACUGUUAUCUGAGGGUGCAGAAGCUGAGGAAGUUCUUGAGAAUGCUGGUGUUGGGAUGCCAAUAUUGGAGGUCUCUGAGUUACAUUCUCGAGUUCAGAAAACAGAUUGUUCAGAUUCUGAUGAUAGUGCAAACAAUGAGGUGGAUGUUGAAGAGCAACCGACAUCUCCAAAACCUCAAACUGUCAAAAAGGGCCUAGGACAUUCUUUGAGUGAGAAAUUUACACCAAAUUGUGUUAUCAAACCUUCAUCUUACAGCAGCCUGGAUGACCAUGUCUUAGAUGCUAAUAAUACAAAGGAUAAUAAUGAUUCUAGCAUGUUAUCGUUUCCUCUGGACUCUGUUGAUGAUUGUUUACUUAGAAAAAUGUCAAGGAGAUCACCAUCACCAACUUCAGAGGAUGAAAAUUUCCUUUUUAGUGACCUUGAUGAAACCGUCAUCAAUGAUCGAUUCAGGAGAUCAUUCUCCCCUGAACAUGCAGAUAAAGAAGAUCAUGUUUCUUAUGAGAAUGACACCAAAAAGUUAGCAGUAAUAUCCAGUCCCAUGGCUAUUCCUAGAAAUGAAGCUGCUGGGGAGGAAGUUGGGCAGCAUUCAGGAUCCUUGCCAAAUAUUUCUAGUGGUGACAGCAUGGUCCGACAUGUUCGUUAUCCUUUUAGUCAAUCGCUGGACUCAAAACCCACAUCCUUACCAUGGGAAUUUCCUGGAAAGGAUGAAUUGAAAUGUCUAAAAUUAGAUGAAGACAGAGGAAACCAGUUAUCACAUGAGGAGCCAGGUGCCAAGGAUUACCAUGACUCUGGGGAACUCCAAGAUACUGUUCUGAAGCUUCCCCUUGGAGAUGAUCCAUCACCACACCACCCUCCCCCUGGUGGAAAUUGGAGAAUUUGGCCUUUCUCCUUGAGGAGAACAGGAUCUAGAAAGUCUAUGUUGCCUCCUCCUCCAAGUGAUGCCAAAGGCACUACUUUGGGUAAUUCUCCAGAGAAUACGAUUGGCACAGAUAUGAACAAAAAUGACCUCAAACCCAAUAAACUGAAAAAGAAGGUUAGGAUAACAACUCCAACUUCUGAACAGCUAGCUUCGUUGAAUCUGAAGGACGGGAUGAAUACUGUAACCUUCACUUUCUCUACAGCUGUGCUGGGGAAGCAGCAGGUUGAUGCUCGAAUAUAUUUGUGGAAAUGGAACACUCGUAUAGUGAUCUCAGAUGUGGAUGGUACGAUUACAAGGUCAGAUGUUCUUGGUCAGUUCAUGCCAUUGGUUGGUAUUGACUGGUCACAGACAGGUGUUGCACAUUUAUUCUCCGCUAUCAAGGAGAAUGGCUACCAACUGCUUUUUCUCAGUGCUCGUUCAAUUUCUCAGGCCUAUAUUACUCGACAAUUCUUACUUAACCUUAGACAGGAUGGAAAAGUUUUACCAGAUGGUCCUGUUGUUAUUUCCCCCGAUGGACUUUUUCCCUCUCUAUAUCGAGAAGUCAUUAGGAGGGUUCCCCAUGAAUUCAAAAUUGCAUGCUUAGAGGACAUCAAGGCACUUUUUCCUUCUGAUUGCAAUCCGUUCUAUGCUGGUUUUGGUAAUAGGGAUACUGAUGAAAUCAGCUACCUUAAGGUUGGAAUUCCCAAAGGAAAAAUCUUCAUUAUUAAUCCCAGGUUUGCAGGGAGAGGUUGUUGUGAACCGUCGUGUUGAUGCAAAAUCAUAUACUUCUUUGCAUGCUCUCGUGAAUGGAAUGUUCCCCCCUACGAGCUCUUCUGAGCAGGAGGACUUUAAUUCGUGGAAUUUUUGGAAACUACCCCCUCCUGCUAUUGAUAUUUGAAAGGUCCCAUUGUUUUUUUGGGCUCAAUUAUGAUUCUCUAGAUAUGGAUGGGCACAGGCUGUGCUGCUCCAAAAUAUAUACGGGUUAUAUGUAUUUGAGACCGAUGAGAACCACCUCAUUCUGUUGUUGACAUGUACUGUGGAUUGAUUAAUCGGAACUCAUAAUUUGGUUGAUGGAAUUCGUAUGAAAGAGCAGGAUGGAACAUCUUCCCUGUUUGAUGCUGCGAGAUCAGAUCCACUUUUUGUCCUUGGUUAGUUAUAAUGUUAACCCAUGACCACUAAGUCAUGGAAUCCCACACAUUUGGUAUCAUUUCUUGAUUAUAGAUAGAUUAGUGCCUAGUUUAAGUUCUUUUUAUUUGAUUGCAUAACUUGUAUAUGUUGUAACUGUGUACUUGAGGGAUGCCUCUUCAAUUUUAUUAUUCUCCCAUUUGAGUCAUUAGA